AUGGCCCAGCCCGUCCAUACGCUGGGACCUACCUGUGCCUUCUAUGAGGACGAGCCUGAUGACAAUUCCAGCGAUGGACUAGCUCCGUCAAAGGUCAAAGCACAGUUCUUCUACGUCUCGUCGCUCCCAAUCGAUGAUCCUCUCUCUCCGCUGCCGCCAGUCUCGACCGACAAGGCUACCGAUCUCCCCCCUCAACCAUUUUCCGUUCGAGACAAUGCCGCCCUUGAAGAAGCAUGGCAGACCUUUCAGAAGGGUUAUGGGGCGGUCGAAGGUGAACAAGGAGGAAGCAGAAAGAAGGGGUUUGCACAAGGAAUAUUCUCAUUUUCGCAGCUCCGAGAUGCACAAGACACAACGGGGGAAUCUCAAGCAACAAAGUCUGGCUCGUCUAGAACCAGAGGUAUCUCGCGUGGCCGUCCAAAGGCAGCCCCCAAAUCACCUUCUUCGGGAUCUGAGGUCAUGCUGGAACACGCACACAACGGUUCGAAACGUGACGCUACUCCAGUCGAUGCUGAAGAGUUACGGAGGAAUAACCAACUCCUACAACAACCCAGCAAAGACUCGAUCAAACACAAGAGGCGAUUUUCGCCCUUUCAUCGCCGACACAAAGAAGGGAAAGACGACCAUGAUACUCUUCCCAGGCCUGCUAACCUUGACGAGACUGCUGCAUGUGCAACGCAACCCUCACAGGACCCUUCCUCUGACAUCAGUGGUCGGCCAUUUGCGCGGGCGCCUAGCGGGCGCAAUAUCAGUUCUGCGCUGACCUACGAACCUGGAUUUUCGGAUGGAUCGGAAGCAGAAUCCAGAAGUCGUUCUCGAAGCUCUGGUCGUCGGCGGAAGAAGGGCAAGGACAAUGAGAAGGCUUAUGUCCCUGUGGGUGUGUCUCGUCUGCACUUGGUCGAAUUGCCUGAUCUUGUCAUGAAGCCGAUCUAUUGGUCCCCCAUCAACGACACAUCCAGCGUGAUCCGGGCCACUUGGUUCUACAAAGACAGCAUGUUACCUGUUCCAGCUGAUGUGGCGAAUCGUCUGGAAGUCGGCUACGAAUAUAUAAAACCCUUUGGUCCUGCUUACCAAGAAGAGCUGCAGGCUUGCAUUGACAAUGGUGCUUCGGCGGAGAUGAAGGUGGUGUACAAGCUGUGGCCUAACGAGCCGAAAUCGAGCCGGCCAUCCACUGCCACAGACAUGAAAGAAAGCAAUGAAAAUGACAGGCAGCGGAAGGGGAGCAAAGAUCUGCCAGAAAUCAUCCAGAAUGCUGCUGCAGACCCCCGGAAUACCCCAGACAAACGGCUUUUUGCGACCCAUAGCGUCAUCUACACGGAUGCUCGCAAUGCUCAGAUAUUGAAGCCCAAUCUCCUUCCCUCCAUCACACAAAAUCGCCGACCGUUGAGCUCCCUUCGGAAAGGGAGGCAGAUUGGUGUAGCAGUUGUCCGUGGGUUCGACCGCAAAGCGUGGCUGAAGACCCACCCCGACCCUAAAAUGGAUGUUAAAGCUGCGCACGCGAAGGUCGGAGCCUAUAUGUCUCAGUCAGGGGAUGCUACCACUCGGGGACGGCGAAUGUCAUGUGCAGCUUGCGAACAUGACAGCAAAGCACCGAAGGUUACUGACCUUGUCUUUGUCAUUCACGGUAUUGGGCAAAAGCUAUCGGAAAGAGUUGACAGUUUUCAUUUCACUCACGCCGUAAAUGGUCUUCGCCGGGAAUUCAAUGUUGAACUGGCAAGCGAAGUUGUCAAAGGGAAUUUAAGGCAUGGAACAGGCAUUAUGGUUCUCCCUGUGAACUGGCGAUUGACGGUCUCAUUCGACGAGGACGUCAAAGCUGCUCCUGAAGGCACCGAGAAUAAAUACGCCCUGAAGGACAUCACUCCUGAUACUCUCCCUGCUGUCCGGUCCAUUAUCAGCGACGUAAUGCUGGACAUCCCCUACUAUAUGUCACACCACAAGGAAAAGAUGACCUCGGCGGUCAUUAGGGAAGCCAACCGAGUCUACCGACUAUGGUGUCGCAAUAAUCCAGGGUUUGAAGACUAUGGCAGGGUGCACCUGGUUGCCCAUUCCCUCGGUUCUGUCAUGGCUAUGGAGAUUCUCAGUCAACAGCCUACUCGACUAGGCAAGGACAUCAAAUUCGAUCCCAAAAGGCCAAGUGAGAAGAUGUUCGAGUUUGACACAACCAACAUUUUCAGCUGCGGAAGUCCUUCAGGUUUCUUCCUGCUUCUUCACAACUCCAAUCUGAUCCCGCGAAAAGGUCGGGGGAAACCCGGUAUCAAAGGAGACGAUCGUCAACCGGGGAUAGCCAGCGAAGCAAAAUACGGAUGCCUUGCAGUCGACAACAUCUACAAUAUUGUCCACAGAAACGAUCCCAUCUCCUACCUCCAGAAUGCAUCUGUGGAUGAACUGUAUGCAAAGUCCAUCCAGCCAGCAGUUAUCCCCAGUGCCAGUGUCGGCUUCAUGACACGUAUCGGUCACAGCCUCCGGUGGGCCUCUGGUAGCACGGGUGAUCCGUACUCUGCCAUUGCAUCGCCUUCCCGCCCACAACUUACGCACAUGCCUAGCACAGUGGAAUUGGAGACACAUAAUUUCACCCGCGAAGAGGUUGCAGAGAAACGCAUGUACCUGCUUAACGACAAUGGGCAGAUUGACUGGUUCCUUUCAGCGGGCGCCGGUCCCUUGGAGUUCCAAUACCUGAACAUGCUCAGCGCACACAGCAGCUACUGGAUUUUGCAGGACUUUGUCCGAUUUUUGGUUGUGGAGAUUGGGAGAGAGCCAGGAAGAAGUCAUACAUUGCCGGCGCUUCGGGCGGUCAAGAGGCGCGAGUAUAAGAGAGGGGACAUCCCUUGA